AUGAACGCACCUAAGCAUGAUGGACAGAAGGGAACGAGACUAUUCCCCACCAUAGACAACACUGCCAAGUGGAAGGGAAGGGAGAGAGCGUGGCCCACCGGAAGCCAAGCCAGUGAUCUAGAGAAAGAAAAGAACAACGCCUUCCCGAAGGAGCUGGGGGUAGCAAAAUGGAGGGAGAAAAAAAUAGUGGAAAGAAAGUGGGGAUGUAGUGAUGUGAAAAACCACGCGGAAAAGUACGCGGAAGAAAAGCCCACACGGGGGCAAGAACGAAACAACGACGUGACCUCACUGACCGAUGUCGUCGAAAGCUUCGUUGGCAUAGAUCACCAGAACUUGCCUUUCGUGAAGAGUAAUUUUGCUAGCCGCAUUAACAGCGAAAAUGUAGUGCCCAUAAUAGACCUCUUUAUCCAUAACUUAUUUUUUCACUUAAAAAGCAUCGGAAAAAAUAUAGACAAUUUUUAUUUGCGCUUUGAUAAAAUUGUGUAUCCUUUUCACUUCCCCUUUCGGAAAGGUGACAUCUGUGAUGAGUGCCUAUUGAAUGAGAACAAGAGGAGGAAGAUGAUGAUGGGGUGGAGGGGGGAAAGGUGGUGUGCAUGUGGACAGGAGCACCAAGAUAACGGGGGAAGGAAAAAAGGGAGUGAAUUUCUCCCCCAAGUUUUAAAUGCUUGGUGUGAAAGAGUAAAAUGCUUGAUAACCAUUUAUAAUAAGAAUAGGAAGAAGCAAAAAAUAAAGGAAUACUUAGAAGGGGGUGGAAGAGAAUGGGAUUCAGAAGAUGGUAGUCUUCUCUUCGAUCGAAGGAGCAGGUAUGACAUGAACGAAUGUGCGAAGGGGUUAGUAGAAAGCAUCCUUCUGGGUGAAGAUAGAUGGAAAAAACUAAAACACGUGUCUUUUUUCCCAACGGGGAAAAAAAAACAAUUCGUCAAAAAUAAAUCAGGUUUUUUAACCCAUGAAAGGGAAGACCACUUUUUACCUGACCUGUUCAGGCAAAAAAGAGAAUUAUGGAAUGAAGAAAUAAACGAUUUGUAUUUAAUCAAUUUGAUAAAAAGAAAAAUUGAAGAUUACAUAAAAAAUAUACAAGUGAAAAAAUUUUGGGACGUCAUAAAUGUGCAGUACUUAGCUAAUUUUGACUAUAGGUAUGCGGGGGGGGUAGGAACUUCGACCUCCUCCAAAGGGUUAGCAACUUCCUCCAAAGGGUUAUCAGCUUCCUCUAAAGGGCUAGCAACUUCCUCUAAAGGACUAGCAACUUCCUCUAAAGGGCUAGCAACUUCCUACAAAGGGUUAUCAUCGAGCUCAAGAGGGAUAGCUCCUCCCAGACACUCCAUCUACCGUGAGCCAAUAUACGACUACAUCCAAAUGGUAAAAAAGAGUAAGUGCAAGAAGGAAGGAAAAAACAGUCAAGUGGGAAAGGAAACGAACAAAGUGAAGAACCAAGUGAUGAAUGGAAACAAGACGGGGGGGGGCGUUGACAGGGGAAAGACAGACAAAGAAUUUAUGAUGAAGGAUCUCUUUAACAAUACAAUUAAGAAUUAUGAAUCGAAUGAAAUUCAAAUUUUUUUAAGUAAUUACGAUAACGUGUUUUUAAAGUCUAUAGGGAGGUUUUACCUUCUGCUAAAUUUCUCCGUAGAAAUUGUGGCUAUUCUAUAUGAGAACCUUGACUUGUAUUCCCUUCACAUUUUUUCCUUGUACAGAAAUUUCGAUCAGUAUGGGAGAGAUGGUGGCGUUCCUCACCAGACUGAUUCACAGUGUUCUAAACCAUCCGCUGGAGGCAGUGGAAGAAGUUUGGGGGAGCAUACCUUCUCCGCCAUCGCUAACAAACUUCUUUGUAGCCUUCCUCCAGCCCAGAGGAGACUUGACAUGGCCGUCUUUUUGUUGCUACGAGUAUUUUUGAGGGGCAAACAUGAAACACCUUGCGUGGGUCCUACUGCUAACGGUAAUGAACCAUUCUGUGUGGGAUCGCAGGUGUCUGGUUCCCUCCUGGACGAGAUACACAAUCUCAAGGUGGAGAAGUACAAGGAAAUUAUAAAAGAAGUGAUAAAGCUAAUUAAGUAUAUUAUUGAGAAAAAAAUCCAUUCGCAGAAACCAGUCCUUAAGUACCUUCUACGGGCUUAUAAGAAGUACAACCAGAAGAUUCACAUGUUGGAGAAGAUCAAGGGGAGGAGGAACUUCCAUUCUGAUCAGGUAACCAUGUUGAGAAGAAACUUCCUUUUGCACUCCAUGAAUUUCUACUACUUUGAUUUCUUCACCAAAGAGCAUUUGCGGAUAAAUUUAAGGGGGAUUCCGAAAUGGCGCAAUAAAAGGAAGGAGCUAAGAAUUCCGGGGCAUUGUAAAAGGAGAGUCUCCCUCUACAAAUGGACAUUCUCUCUCCGGGAAGUAGAUCCUUCCUCUCGGGGAUGGUGGUCCUCCCAAGGGGAUAACCCUACUCACGACAACCUCUGUAGAAUUUACACUUCGAGUCAUGUGUACCGUCCAUGGGAAAACUCCCACUUCGGGAAAAACAUGGAGAACUUGCUUUUCCGUCGAGUGAAUGAAAGGCGGCUGAGAAGGGCAAGGCGGGUGCGGCAUCUACGGGCGCUGAGACUUCGCGUAUACACGUACUUCAGGUUGGCGUUGCACCUGGGGGUGUCUUCCGUUGGAGGAAAAAAAAAGGAGAGAAGGAAAAAAUGGACAAGUAGGAAAAAAGGAAAGGGCAGUAGCAAAGGGAAGAAGCCAAGUGGAGGAAUAUGUCGCGAUCGAAAAUUAUCCUGUCGGUUCAAAAAGAAGGCGCAUCUGUUCGUCCUCUCCUUUUACAAGAACAACUUGGUGAAAUCUCUAAACGUAGAGAGAAUAAGGCACAAGUUUCGAGCCCUGGUGAGGAGUAAAAACGCAGUCUACAGAAAGGUUGUGCAGAAGGCCAGGGAGCGCUUUGCAAUGCAGAAGAAGACACAGGUUGAAGCACGCGACAAAUACUACGAUCUCUUUAUGGACGUAUUAAGCAUUAUCAAAAGACAGGACGAAGAGAUUAGGAGCAACUUGUUUGGAAUGAUAAGGGCAGUGAGCGAGCAACUGAAUUUGUUCUACAGAAACAUUUGUCGUUGCGCUCCAGGGGAGACUUGGGAGGAGAAAAACGUGGAGCUCGCGAUGCACGAGCGAUUAGGGACAAUGAGGAGGGAAUGCUCCGUUCGGAUGGAUAAGGGAAAUAGAGGAAACGCGGAGGAAGGGCAACAAUCGGGAGAAGGGGAAGAAGCGAUGAGUGACGAAAUAUGCAGGGAUGUGUGUAAUGGUGAUCAUCGUUUGCUUGGAAAAAUAGCUGAACAUUGUCCAUCCCGGGGUGGUAAGCGCACCCAACGGCGUUGUACGCAGAAAGGGAAGGACAGCCACGCAACAUUUUGCGCAGAAUGCCGAGGUACCAUAGACAAGCAUCUACUCCAUAGGAAAGAAAAAUUAUUCAAUCAUUUUCACAACAUGAAAAAUUAUUACAAAGAAAAGAUGCAAAAAAUUAACUACCUAUCAUACGAUGUAUCCAUUUUGAAGGAGUACCUAUGUGCCUAUGUGAAAAAAUUUUUUGGAGACAUUAUCCUUCUGUUCGAGUACUUAUUCUGCGUAUCGAAUUCUCCUGUUGGUGUGAAUUGCGGCAACCAGGAAGGUGGAGAAAAGAAGGAGGAGGACCUACUGUUCGAAUGGUUCGCUUUGUCCAGUGUGGAUAACUUCAACAAUGAAGGAGAAUCCGUGGGGGAUAGCCUAAACAUCAAGCAGGCCAAAUGGUCCAAGGAGAGUAAUUGUAUCAAAGGGAGAAAGCGCUCUAAAGAGUAUGAGAACUAUCUCCUUCUGAAAAAAUUAAAAUUUUUUGCGAAAAACGAUAUAAUACAGUUUAUGAGCAAAAGUAUUAACUGUGCCCAGAAUCAGGUACUCCUAAAAAUAGGGAAUGUCAAAAAGGCUUUUUAUUUAUUGCAUGCUCUACUGAAAACUCAAGGAAAUAGAAAUGAGUUAUUCAUUUAUAAGCUUCUACUGAGUCUGGUUGUAAAGUAUGGGGAGUAUUGUCAGAGGAAGGAGAUGAAGAAACGUGCAUCAAUACCACAGGACAGUUCCCUCUCAAAUAGGUACUCCUCCACGUACGAGCUGGAGAAAUACUUCCUACAACAGAAGAAGAGAAAAAAAUUUUUAUCAAAGUUUGGCCUGGACUGUAUGAAUAUCCCUGGUGAUGUUACUUCCUUUUUAAAGGAUAUCAUUCAGGGUUGCAAUGCGGAGCACACAGGGAAAGGCUCUUAUGGGAAAACGGUUCGGGCGAAUGGAAACACUAUGGAUAUUUAUACCUCCUGUCUGUACAAUAUGUCUAGCUGUGGUAAGGAUGAUCAUAAUUUGAAUUCCAUCUUGCAAAAAAUUAUAAAAAAACAAAAAAAAAAAAAUGUUUGCCUCGCUCAAAGUAAGGCGAAAACACAUUCCGGGAGAGACACAUACAGAGAGGACCUACUCUUAUCUGAUUUAUCCACUCUGUAUGAAGUUAUUCACUCUAAAAAUUUAGAGAAAUAUGUUGACUUGAGGGUUUUCAUAACGAUGGUGAAGAAGAGGAAAAAUAACAGGAAGAGAAAAUUCAACUGCGAUGAGAUACUAGCCACUGUGGACAUGAGUGAGAGUAAUGACAUUAUAAAAAAAGUGAUAAAAAGAUACACCAUUAAUUUUGUGGAUGAUAAUAAAUACGUUUUCCCCUAUAUUUGUAACACAUUCGAUUUUAUAUCUCCGGGAAGGGAACAAGGGAAUUCGAAAGAUUCUAGUAACCCUUCUAUUUCGCCUGAUUCGGAGCUGGACUAUGAAGUUAUCCAGUUAAAUAACAAUUUUAAGUUUUUUCAUUUUAUCAAUCCGGGGAGAGAAUACUCUUUUAGUAACUCCAUCUUGAAUUUCGUUUAUGGGUACCCGGUUCUGUGCAUAAGGAAGGACCUGGAGGAUUGUGUCGUCCCGGAGGUGAGUCUCCAUAAGGGGGAAACAGGCAAUGCACAUGUGGAAGGAUCAAAAGAAUCGGUACAAAAAUUGCUCCGAAAAAGGAAGAGGAAGGAACUAUUGCGACAUUUAAGCAACGUAGAUAUAUCGAAUAGUAUUCCCUUGAAAUACAUGCACCUGUCUGUCAUGGGUGAUAUAUUUAGAUACCUAAAAUUGGAACACAUCCUCAUAGACACUAUUAAAAAAAUAUAUGAAGAAAUGUUACAAACAGUUCAGGAGAAGUUUUUGCGGUCCAACGAUACACAUCACUUGGCUAAUGCUGUGACAUGCUUUCUCUUAUACUUUACCUCGUUUAUAGAUAUCCUUCUGGGGGUAAGAGACAACAACUACAUCAACCUUACCUACCAUGGAGACUUUAAUAUCUUCAACAAUUUCAAUGGGGCUUUAUUUAGAAAGCAGAAAAAGAAGCGUGGUGAAGAGAACCUGUUGAAAGGGUACGUCGGGGGGAAGGAGAGUUACGUGUACAUGCACAAUAGAUACAGUCGAAGGAGUACUUACCUGUGGCUGUUGUGGAAUGGGAGGGAGAAUGAGAUGGGUUCGCAAGUGGAACACAUAUAUGUGUGUCCCAGGGGGGAGACAAGCUUGGGAAUUGUCCCAGGGGGUAGGCUCGUGGCCCUCAUGAGCAACUACGGGGACUUCAAUUUUUCCUUUCUCAAUAACGGAAUGUGUGUCGACGAGUAUAAGGGUAAACAGUACCUGUUCGUGGUUGGCGGCGGGAAAGAGUUGGAAAAGACAACCGAGGGAGAAACAGCGAAGAAGAAAGGAAUAGACGACUCAGUAAUGGAGCGAACACUUCUGUUCAGGCACACAAACGUUAGCGUUCACAGCGUGGAGGAGAGCGUAGGGUGUGAGGAGUACCCGCCAUUUUUGACAGGAGGGAUCUUGUCCCACCUUGUCAGAUGGGGCGACAGCCACUUGGGAUGGACACAAAAUUUUGAGUUGGUCGAGGGGGGAAUGACAAGCAUGGAAAUGAAAAACGUGGAAAUGAAAAACGGGGGAGAGACAAACGUGGAAAUGAAAAACGUGGAAAUGAAAAACGGGGGAGAGACAAACGUGGAAAUGACAAACGGGGGAGAGGCACCUUUAGGAAUGAUCCAAGGAGGGAAAAAAUCCAACUCCAGUAACAUCCAUUUAAAUUCUAUCCGUCAAAUCAGCUUCACUCAUCAUGGUAAGAGUACCAAGUGGAGUAGCGCGACCUCCUCCUUAGUGGAACGAAUUGGACUGGCCCUAACCAUCCUUAAGGGUUACCUGAAAGAAACACUAAACCUGAAGCGGCACUGUCUGGUCGAUGCGUUGGAAAAUUUUAAAGAAUGCAAAAGAGGACUAGAGGAUAUAAAGUUCAUUUACCAUUUGAUCUAUCUCCUAGACCUUGAUGGGAAGGAAAAAAAGGCACCAGAUUCUUCCAUCUUUAAGAAGGUGUACUACUUACUGGUGGAGGCUUUGUUCGGUGGAGAAGGCACAUUGCCUGAGGGGGAAAUAACAGAGAAAGGGAAGGCAACUGAUGAAGGAAAGACAACUGAGAAGGAAAAAACAACUGAAAAAGGAAAGGAGCAGAAUGAGAAAGAAAAAAAAACAGAGAAAGGAAUGGAGCUGUAUGACAGACGCCCACUUUGCAUCCCUCCCAGAUUGGAUACCGAGCGAGUAAUAACAUUCAUCUUCAAUUUGGUGAAAAUCACCAGAGUAAUAAAAAUGAGAAAAGAAAAAAUUGAAAGGAUUUUCAAGCUUUUUCAAAUGUAUGUAGAACGAUCUCCAGAUUUUUAUGAGUCCAUUUUUAACAGGCUAUUUCUUUUUAUAUAUGAAGAUACGAAGGAGGAGAACAGGAGAUUUUUGAGGAAACACCUGAACAGCUAUUUCAAUGGCAAGAAAAUUACCUUCCAUAUUUUGAACCAUAUCCUGCGAUCCGUCCGUGCAGGUGGCCAACGGGGGGAGAGAAGAGUGAAGCGAGAGCGGGGGUGGUGCCUUCCAUGGGACCACGCAUCUGAGCAAAGGAGUGUACUUGAGAACCCCUCCCCUAUACAGGGGCACAUCCCCCGUGUUAAGGAAGAACACAGAGCAGACGCAUGUAGAACGGACCAACGCAGCACGUAUCUGUCCCGGAAACAACACCAAGCCAAACGAAGCACUUGGAAAAAAAUGAAAUUUUCCAGUGUGAAGGAAGAGAUAUUUAAGAAAGCCUUUCGGAUGGGGAGGAGCAUAUAUUCAAGUGAUAGCUGUGACUCGACCAGGCAAGGCGUGUUCCGAGUGAAACCUGUGGAGAGUAGGAACUACCUGGUGUACGAGAGGGAGAAGGCAAAUUACUUCUUAUGUCGUUUAGGAAAGAAGGCAUCUGUGGAAAACGUUUCUAUGGCAAGUAAAGCGAAGGAGAAAAGUUCCAACGUAUUUUCCGGUGGCAGUUCCUGGUUGGUAACUUCCCAUAUGAGAGAAGAACCCACUAAAAUGGACCAGUCCAAUAAGAAAGGAAAUAAAAGGGGAGAACAACUAAGAGCAUAUAUUUUAACUGAGCAACUGUGCAAUGACAACCUAUGGGAUGAAACGAGAAGUUUUUCCACCUCCCUCUGCACGAAUGACGAAGCGUCCAUCGCGACGAGGAAAGGUUUCACAAAUGUACAGGAUUUCACGCACAGUGAAGAGAACCCAUUCGGAAAAAAAUCGAUGGAUGGAUACAGCUCAAAUGAAUGCUUCCACUAUGUUGAUAAUUUGUACCUUCACUAUGAAAACAGACGGAAGGGACAACGAAAAAAAAAAAGCACUUGUAAAAUGAGGAGCAUAUUAAAAGGCGAUUGGAGAAACAAGGACGAAGACACCAUUAGGUUCGAAGAGAAUAUGAGCGAUGGUAGCACCCCCCUUAGUUGUACAUCCUCCUCCUAUUCAAAAUUUCAGGAGAAUUCAAGUGAAGAAGAUAGACAGAAGAUAUGCUUCUACAUGGAUGAACUCAAUAGUAGAGGUGGAGAAAAAUAUCUGAGCCUAUUAAGUGCACCAGACUUUAAAUUGCUAAAAGGAGUAAAUAGGAAUAAUAUAUUUCAAUCAAUUGAAGAUAUAAAGAGGUACCCAUUGGAAGAAGAAAUGGAAGAAGUAAGAGGUAGGUAUGGUGUGUACAACAAGGAAAUGCACCGUUUGUUGACCUUCCCGAAUGACAGCUCCUUCUGCUUUAUCAAAUAUAAGCCGAACUAUGAAUUCAACGAAAACAGGAGAGUUAAGAUAAACAAGUACAAUGAAAAGGAGAAGAAAAGGAAGAAGAAAAAAAUAGACAUUAUGUUUAUGCCUCUCUACAUUAGCAUCGCCGGUGGACUGGACGUAUUUUUAUUUAAGUAUUACCAACAUAUUUGCAACACAUAUGUGAACCCCUACUUUUAUAUGAAUACCUACUACUUCGAAAGGUAUAUUCGUAAAAGGUACCGAGGAAAAAGGCAUUCGGAGCAGUACCUAAUACACGACCCCUUUUAUUAUCACUACUUGUUUUGCAACAAAUUCGGUUGCCAUGAUAGUGCGAAGGCUCUUCGAGGUGCGCGCGUAGGUCCCCAUGCAUACGUGAAGUUUUUUAAUCACAAGGGGGGGGGAGAGGCUAAGAUGGUCUCUACUGAUGUGUUGAACUCUAGUGACAUUGCUCAUGUGCGUAUAAAGGAAGAUGUCGUCCGGGAGGAGGCCCCCUCUGGAGUAGGGAGCCAUGUAGAGCUGACAAACGAAAAAGUUGCGCGCGCUACGGACAAAAAAAAAAGACUAGACAGUGUAGUAGACAAGCGGAGCAAACAAACAUCGAACGAGGUUAGAAAAACUUCAAAAAUAUCAUCAACGGAGAAAAAGAAAAACAAAAUCGCAAAUGAAGAGGAAUACAACUGUGGAAAGCACAUCACGCAGAAGGAAAGUGAGUGGAAAAAAUGUAAGCAAAAUUUUUUCUAUGCAGAAAAUGAACUAAGUACAGAUGAUGAAGAAGGAAUAGCUCCAAAGGAGCCGAAGGAUAUUCAUAUUUUUAAGAGGCACUUAUUCAUCCUAGAUUAUUUGAAAGGAUAUUUUAGCUUUUCCAUUUUCACACGAAUGGAAAAUAUGAUUGGCGAUAUGUUUGAGAACUACUUGUUGAAUAUGCCCUACGUGAAUAAGUAUGUCUUGGUGAAGAGCGACAGUGGGUGCAGGGGCAACGUGGAGUAUGAAGUUCUGCUUCCGAAGGGGGCGGUUGUCCCUAUGGUUAAUGGGGUAGUUAGCGCGUUGACUCCAGGGGGCAUCCCCCUCCCGGAGAGACACUUCACAUCUAGUAGGCCCUUCCCACCUGAUAACGCGACCUACCACGACUUGGUGGGGGAGUGCUUCGUGCAUGGGAGUGGAGUGCAACUCUCCAUGACUGUGGUAAACGUGGAGUAUUGGAAGUUCGAAGACAUGAAGGAGGAAGACACCAUUGUGAAGAAACUAAUCCCGGAAAACUUAUAUGCAUACUUUAACGUGGUUAACAAAAUAUACCAGAAGAAGAACGCAGACAAGCACCUAGUCUUUCUUUUUAAUUUGUGUUAUCUGGAUUUGUGUGUGAACGAUUAUUUCUUCACUGUAAAUUUAGCAGAAGGUUUAGUGUACUUAUUUUUAACCACUCUGGAGGUUAGAACCGUGGAUUUAUACAAGGACAACUUACAGUCAGAUCAUUUCGACACGAAUAACUGUAUGUACAAUUUCGAUUUUCUAUUUAUUUCUUCUACGUAUAAAUCGGUGGAGAGUAGAACCAUCCACAUCAUUGUAAAUGAGCGCAUGGUCUUAUAUGAUUUUCACUUGAUUAAGAAUGCGGAGGAAAUUUCCUCGUCCAAGAGCAGGAAGAAUUUCCGAGUGAACCCUCCACAGAAGGAGGCAACAUUCCGUGGACAAAUGCAAAAGAGAGAAGGAGCCCCCAGAAAGGUGUCACUAACGGAGAGCCACCAUCUUCAAAGGAGCCUCCAGAAUAAGGGUGGAGAGUCCAUUAUCGAGAAGGACAAGGAAUUUGUGGGAGAGUUAACCAAGAAGGUUACCUUGCCAAAGUUCGAAGAAUCUUACAUGCAAGAGAAGAAGAAUGAAUCAGAAAAUGUUCAUAUGGACAUGUCAGAAGUAAAAUCCUUGUCAUCCCCCCAGGGAGAUACUGAGAAGGAAGAUCGAAAUAAAAUGUGCGGAGAAUUAAGUGGAGGAAGAAAGCACAGCGAUGGAGACACGAAUCCUACAAACACCGGGAAGAGUCGACAAAAUAAUUCACAGGAAGUAGAGACAAUAAAAAAGAAAAAUAUUUCCACGGAAAACGUAUAUUACAAUUUAACGUUUCUCAAAGAAUAUCAGGAAAAUGAAAUAAGAAAAUUAAAAAGCAAAAAAGUUCUGGAUGAUGUAGAUGUAAAGUUUUUUUUCACAGAGGAGUAUCUGAUCCAGAAGAGUAAUUUGCCAGAUAGGUUCAUUCGGGAGACUCUAAAAAAGCUAACUAGGAUGAAACUUCUACAGAGGAAUACAUUCAAAGUUAUGAAUAAGAGGAACAACAAAUCGACUCAGUUUGUUGUUUACACGACGUCGGAGUUGGAUGAUGUGGAUGAGAUGGAUGUAUGUGAGAGGAGAGUUAAGGAUGAGGAAGUGAUGGAACCAUGGGAAAAGGUGCCUGAGAGGGACAAGGAAGGUAGUACUUUCCUCCAUCAGUUCGGUGAAGUGGGUGAAGUGGGUGAUGCGGGUGAGAGGCGUGCACCGGGGGAAGAGCCGGAGAGGGACCAAGAGGGAGAACCCGAGGUUGGUUUGCGCAGAAGACAGGGAGGAACGCGUCAUGCAACAAGAGAACGGUCGGAAGAGGUUACAAGGCAGAGAUCGAUUCCGGAGCGAGCUAACACUCCGGAUCCCACCCCUAGGAGCGACAGGAGAAGGAAACUUCCAAUUGGACCUAGCGACCUGUGCGGCCAGAACACCGAAGAGGGUAAGCUCCAAUUGGCGAAGAAGCAGAAGUGUGGCAAGGGCAAAAGCGCAACGGGGGGAGAAAAUGCUCCUCUGGGACCGCCUCCCCCAUCUUCAUCCAUAGCACCUGCACCAUCUUCAUCCAUAGCACCUGCACCAUCUUCAUCCAUAGCACCUGCACCAUCUUCAUCCAUAGCACCUGCACCAUCUUCAUCCAUAGCACCUGCACCAUCUUCAUCAAUAGUACCUCCAUCAUCAUCAUCAAUAGCACCUGCACUGUCUUCCCCAUCAACGUGUGUCGGGAAAAUAAAAACCGAACGAGUGACCAAAGCAUCGCAAAAACGACUCGCGGGAAAAGUGUCCAGCAAUGGGAAGACGAAAAAAGAAAAAGGCACCCCCAUAGUUAGCAGUAGCGUUGUGAAAUUCGAGACUAGUAGUAUGGCCUCCCUUAUGAACAAUUCACUAGGCACCUGUGCUCCGAAUGAAGAUAUUGUGAAGAGGGAGAGUGUCGCUAGUGCGGAAAACAUCACUAGUGGAGCGAACAACGCCAAUGCAGACAUCGCCAAUGCAGACAACGCCAAUGCAGACAACACCAACAGCGGGUGCGUCUCUACGAUGCAGGGAGAAAAGGCCGACACUUACAGUGGUCGCCACACACGCCCUGGUGCACGGAGUGGCAAUCGGAAUAGAACGUGCAAAGGCGGGCAAGAGAAGGGCUCCGCGGAGGGAAACGAUCAUGAAAAGGCACCCCGAGUGAAUGAUUCCGAUAAUAAAAAAAGAACGAAUAGAAAAAGGGUUGUCAAAGUUGUAAAGGAAGAAUCAGUAGUUAACAGCAUAGUGUCCUAUCUGAGUGAGAGAAAAGGCAACAACGAUGGCACCGUUAAGGACCAUUCAGUAGUGAAGCAGGGAGAGGCAACCAACCCCGCCGGCAAUAGCUCCAAAUGUAGUAGUAGUAUGAACGAACCCAUGGAUUUCUUCCUGGACGAAGUACUAACGGACAACGAUGAAGAGAAUGAGAUAAAGAAAAGGAGAACCUUCGACAACUUAAACUUAGAAGAGACCUACGAAUUUUACGAAAACCAUAUCUUAAAAAUAACGACGGAUAGAAUGAACAGAAUGAAAGCAGAGCCGGGGAGGAACACCUCCACUCCUUUGUUUCUCAUUGUGAGCAGCUUGAAUAAAAUUCUAACGGAAAGAAAAAUGAACCUUUUGUCUCAGCCCACUGUACUGGCAAUUUUAAAUAUCAUGAUGAAAAAGAACAAGGUGGUGCGGGUCGGCGGUAACUGGCAGCCAACUUAG